GGUCCGGGUCCGCCGAGCGUCUCCGGCCGCCGGGCCUGAGCCCUGCGCCGGGGCCUUUCUGGCCUCGUCUGGCGCCCUGGUUUCCCCGCGCCGUGGGCAUUCCCUGUCCCGCCGCUAGGAUAUACCCUCCCCGGAGCCUGCCGCGCCAGCCCGUGUGCUUCAGGGCCUGUCCCUCCGCGCCGCACCGGCUCAGGCGGAGACAAUGGCCAAGAACAAAUGGAAAGGGCAGAAGCCCAGGAAUGUGUUUCACGUAGCCAGCCAAAAACACUUUAAGGGGAAGAGUAAAGCAAAACCAGUUACCACGAAUCUUAAGAAGAUAAUCAUUAAGAACGUUGAAAAAAUUAAAAGAAUGAAUGAAGCUUUUGUGAACAUACAGAAGGAGCUUGCUCACUUCUCUCAAGGCCUUUCCCUCGAACCUCUGCAGAAACAGCUGGCUCUUCAGCCGAGUCAGGAAGACAGACCAGUGAAUGUUGACGAAGCUACGAGAUUAAUGGCUCAGUUGUAAUGCACCUGGUGAUGCAUCAGAUUCCCCCAAAGACCAAUAAAUUAAAUGCUUUAUACAACUUUA